GAGGAAGCUACUGGUCCCGGAGGAUGACUGGGACAAGGGACUGUUGAGCCAGUUGCCCACUCAAGCACUGCUGGACUGGAAUGAGGAGCAGAAGGAAAGCCUGCCCAAGCGUGUCGGUUCAGCCACAAGCCUGAGCAGUGCUGUCAUCAACAACCGGCUCCAGGAGCUGGUGAAGCUCUUCAAAGAAAGGACUGAGAAGGUGAAGGAGAAGCUGAUUGACCCUGACAUCUCUUCAGAUGAUGAAAGCCCCGUUGCGUCCCCCACCAAGGCAGCGCCUGCGGCAGCACCAGGACCUCCCUCAGGAGGGGAGUCAGAGGGGGACAAGCCGGAGGGGGAUGAGCACUACUGCGAGAUGCUGUGCUGCACAUUCAAGCACCACCCCUGGCUGAAACACCUGAAAAACUACCAGUUCCCCAGCAGUAUUGACCCACUCACCAAUCUGAUGUACGUGCUGUGGCUGUUUUUUGUCGUCGUGGCCUGGAACUGGAACUGCUGGUUGAUCCCCGUCCGCUGGGCUUUCCCCUACCAGACCCCAGCAAACAUCCACUGCUGGCUGCUGGUGGACUACCUCUGUGACCUCAUCUAUCUGCUGGACAUCCUUGUCUUUCAGACCCGGCUGCAGUUUGUCCAGGGUGGAGACAUAAUUACUGAUAAAAAGGCCAUGAAAAAGAACUACCUGCAAUCACAACGCUUUAAGAUGGAUGUGGUGUGCCUCCUGCCCUUGGAUUUCUUCUACUUCAAAGUCGGUGUAAACCCACUCCUGCGUUUUCCUCGCUGUCUGAAGUACAUGGCCUUCUUCGAGUUCAACAACCGCCUGGAGGCUAUCCUGAGCAAGGCAUACAUCUACAGAGUGAUUCGGACCACUGCUUAUUUACUGUACAGCUUGCAUGUCAACUCCUGCCUCUAUUACUGGGCGUCAGCCUAUGAAGGACUCGGCUCUACCACCUGGGUCUAUGAUGGGGAAGGAAACAGCUACAUCCGUUGCUACUACUGGGCAGUCAAAACCCUCAUCACCAUCGGGGGCCUGCCAGACCCCAAGACACUGUUCGAGAUCGUCUUCCAGCUGCUGAACUACUUCACGGGCGUCUUUGCUUUCUCUGUGAUGAUAGGGCAGAUGAGAGAUGUGGUCGGCGCUGCUACGGCGGGGCAAACCUACUAUCGGAGCUGCAUGGACAGUACCAUUAAAUACAUGAACUUCUACAAAAUCCCCAAAACUGUUCAGAAUCGGGUGAAAACGUGGUAUGAGUACACGUGGCAUUCUCAAGGCAUGCUAGAUGAGUCAGAGCUGCUGGUGCAGCUGCCAGACAAGAUGAGGCUGGACAUUGCCAUUGAUGUGAACUACAACAUCGUGAGCAAAGUGGCCCUUUUCCAGGGCUGUGACAGACAGAUGAUCUUCGACAUGCUGAAGCGGCUCAGAUCAGUGGUCUACCUGCCGAAUGACUAUGUGUGUAAGAAGGGAGAAAUUGGCCGUGAGAUGUACAUCAUCCAGGCAGGACAAGUGCAGGUGCUGGGCGGACCCGAUGGCAAAACUGUGCUGGUGACCCUGAAAGCUGGAUCUGUGUUUGGAGAAAUCAGCUUGCUGGCAGCAGGAGGGGGAAAUCGACGAACAGCAAAUGUCAUAGCUCAUGGCUUCGCCAACCUUUUUAUUUUGGAUAAGAAAGACUUGAACGAGAUUUUGGUGCAUUAUCCGGAGUCUCAGAAGCUGCUGCGUAAGAAGGCCAAGAAAAUGCUGAAAAACAACAAUAAGCCCAAAGAUGAGAAAGGACCCCCUGGAGACCCACUGAUCAUCCCCCCAAAAGCUGACACCCCGAAGCUCUUCCAGGCUGCCCUGGCCGCCACGGGGAGGCUGGGGGGCAAAGGGCCGCUGGCACAGCUCCGGUGGAGGCUGAAGGAGCUGAAGGCGAUGCAGGAGGCGCAG